AGUAGGUUCCCAGUACUGGCAGUUCGUAUAUCUGCCAGCACUCAGGCUGGGAGUCAGGGAGUGGGAGCUGUUGCUGAGCAUGCUGAGUUUGCCUUACAGGGGAAGACCGAACUGCUAAUAUCAAACAUUUUAUAAUGUCCUUUGAAGCAGAAGAAAACAGUGAAUCCUUGUUGUGCAACAGAUUUUCACACAUUUCAACGUUUGAUUCUGACUGUCAGUGUCUUAAUAGUUGUGAUAAUGGUCAGCUACUGCUAUCAAAUUUUGAAUCAGAGGGUCCGUCACUGGAAGCAUCUGGACAGCCAAGCAAAGAACUAAUUUCCAUGAAAGCAGCACCUCUGUCCAGAGAUACUUGUAAGGAAGGCAAUGACCAAAGAACUGAAAUUGACUUGUCAGACGAAGAAGUAGCUAUCCGUGAUCUGUCUUCACUUCCUGUUGAGGAUGAUACAGAAAGGAGAGUUCUGUGCACACGAUGCAGGCGUCCCCAGAAAGUUUGCCUGUGUCCUUUCCUGCCAGCGCAUCCUCUGACUGUUUCCACCAGCUUGUACAUUGUCCAGCAUCCAGCUGAGGAGAGCAGGGUCUUACGAACAGUACCCCUUUUGGCAGCUUGCCUCCCUGAAGACAAGUGCAAAGUCUUGAUCGCUCGACGGUUUGGUGAAGAAAGGUUUCCAGAAUUGGCUUCAGUUUGCAAGAAACCUAGUACUUUUAUUCUUUAUCCUGGUGCUGAAGCUUCAAAUUUGGAAGAAAUGUCCCUGACAGAUGUUCAACACCCAUUCUCCCUUAUUAUAAUAGAUGGAACCUGGAGUCAGGCCAAGGACAUAUUCUACAAGAAUUCUCUUUUCCGACUUCCAAAACAGGUGCAGUUAAAGAACACUAUUUCAAGUCAAUAUGUGAUCCGAACUCAGCCUACGAAUAUGUGUCUUUCAACUUUGGAAUGUGCUGCAAUUGCACUUUCUGUUAUGGAAAAGAAUACUGAGAUUCAAGAGACAAUCCUUCGCCCACUUCAAGCACUGUGCACAUUUCAGCUCCAACAUGGGGCUCAGGUUCAUCACAGCAAGGAACAUCUGCUUAAAAAUGGUCUGUAUGACAAACCAUUGCCAAAGAAUAAACGCAAAUUGAAGAAAAUGCAGUUCCUGGUUAACAAUGUUAAAAUUUAGAGACAUUUUCUGCCCACACAAACAACAAAAUACAAAAUAUGUAAGGCUUGAAAUGUUUUCCCAUUUGAGUCACAUGUCAAAGGGAACACAUAACACUGAUUUUAAAAGACUUUACCAUUAGUCAAAUUAGCCAAGCUAAAAAAAAAAAAAAAAAAGUACACAUUUGGGGAAAUUUACAAUUUCUUUUUCCUAAUUUAAAAUUCUGUCAUGUUCUAAUUUGUUACAUUGUUAUUUUUAAUAAGAAUACAAACACAUUUGGUGCAAAUACUUUUCUAUAGGGUUUAUACUUUUUCUUAUUUAUUGGGGUAUUGUACAAAUGCAACACACUUAUUUUAAUUUACACUUUGAGGAGGCCUUAUCUAUGGUCAUUGCAUAGACAGGCAAUACAGUUGUGUUCAACUAAUACAGUGUUAGGUGGUACUGUGAAAAGUCCUACGGUUCUUGAUGGAGUUGCUUCAUCAGCUGGAAAAGUAUACUUGAAGAGAUUUUUACCUGGGAAUUUUAUCUUUCAUAGAUUUAUCUCUAAAUCUCACUGUGGUAACUGAUCUGUUUACUCGACAAACACCUAAAACAGCCUUAUUUCAUGUGAACAUUCUAAUGUUUUAAUUCUUUCUUUUGAGUUUAGUUUUUUUUUUGUUUUGUUUUAUGAGAAUUGAAAGGCAAAGGAUUUAGAUCAUAUUUACUGACGUAAUAUAUAUGUGAAAAAUAUGUAUUGCUACUAGUAAUAAAAGUUAUUGAACAUAUGUUAUUGUUACAAGUUUUGUUCAGUAGUUUGAAUUAGUUUUCCUUUGGCUACCAUUUUAGUCUUUUGUAUUGCACUCUGUGUUAGUACCGCAUUAUGCAAUAAAUAACAAACUAAUAUCCUCUUGUGUCAAGACUAGAUUUAACAAUGACAAUUCCAUUUCUUCAAGGCUCAGGUACCAGAAGUCACCGUCAUGCUCUGUGAAAUAAUACAAUGCUAACCCCUUUGGCAGUAACUGUGUAAACUAAUGGUGUAAAUUAUGCUUCAACCAGCUUGUUCUUUAACGCCUUUGUAGCCAGUGUAUUUUGAAAGUUUA